AUGUUAUCGGGAUCCCCGGGUCUCUCAUCCAACGAAGUAAGUGCCAGUUAUGUAAUAAUUCGCCUUUUCUCAUUCUUAAUUACUUGUUGUAAUUGUCAUCAAUUUUACAUAAUUUUUUUACAGUUUUUGUUUACAUUUAUUUUUAGCUCAGACGAGAUUUAUUCGAAUUUAUAAAUGGGCCAAGCACAUCAACGUCCCUGGACCGUCUUGGAGCUUCUUAUCUCGGGGCAUUUCCUCCCCUGGAGACUCCGGUUUUACACCUUCUGACCCCAAAUUCAACGUUCUCGGGCAAUCCAUUUCGUCUUCCGGGGACCAAUGAAUCCCUUUUCCCAGGUAAGCAAGCACCUGUUCGACCACGGGUCCGCUUUUAAUAUUCAAGCUCAUGACCAUAUUUGUGUAUUGAAUAUAUUUAAUUAAUUACAAGUCUCAAGUGUGACAUGGUGUAUCCAUCUUCAGAGUUCUUCCCUCAGAUCUCUAGACAACCUCCGCCGAUUCAAUUAAAAGAUCCGCCACCUCCGCCAAGGGGCAUUAAUGCAGAAGAGGAGGAAGAGGACACAAAACCCAUACUUCCAGCACCUUUCACGCAUCCCUCUCCCCUGCUACACUCGCCCAUUCUGAUGCCUUUCCUUCUCGAUCUUCAUCAUGGAUCAGGGAUUUCUCCGUCGUUGUUGUCCCCGCAUUUAUUACUUCAGCCCCUUUCGGCGACUUUGUCUCCUUUGAGUAAUUUUUCGAGCCAUUUAAACUCAGGAAAUGAUCUAAUGACAAUGAUGAAUCUACAAUCCAAUGUGAUUAUAAAGGAAGAGAACACUCAGUCCAGGUAAGAGAUCGUCCGUAUCUCCGCGAAAAGAGUUUUGACAAAAAACCCAUGGCGGCCUUGUCUGUGCGGACUCGGCAGAUAUCUUGUUGCCAUGUUCAGCUUAGGCGACCCAUUUGCUCUUUGCGAGAUGUCUAGGUCAUUAAUGUAAUCCUGAGACUGGUAUUUUACAAAUGGGGCGCAAAUUGUAAAGAAAAAAGAGGACUCCCUUCCCAAUUUUUUUGAGGUGAUUUAUGAAAGUUGUCUCUAGAUUACGAAACAAAGCUAUACGGUUCGUUCUGCUAAGUUAUUCGUUUUUAUUUGGUUGUCAGUAGACUACAUACCAAGUUUGGUCCGAAUUGGUACACUCAGGACCGAGUUAGACGGGGGUCGAAACGUUUUUCGUGGAUUAUACGUUAUACCCUAAUAUUGAAGUUAUUAUUAUAUGAGUUCAGUAUAUCAGAACAAGACUCUCUGGACCAAGCUCUUGAUCUCAGUGGGAACAAAGAAUUAAAAAAGAUGAAGAAGGUCAAAAGACAUUUCAAGGGCGUCCACAAAUGUCCCCAUGAAGGCUGUGACAAGGCCUACAACAAGAGUUCCCAUCUCAAAGCCCAUAUUCGGACGCACAGUGGGGAAAAACCGUUCGUGUGUGAUUGGGUCGAUUGCGAUUGGAGAUUUGCCAGAAGCGACGAAUUAACACGGUAAGGGGAAAGUAUUGAAGUGCCUCGAGAACUGGAAUUAUAACUGAAUAAUUUGAGACCACGAUUCUUUCAAAAUUUUUUAAGAUUUGGUCAAAGAGCCGUGGUUAUGUCUUACAAAAUGAAAUCCCUUCUUUGCAGGCAUUACCGACGCCAUACAGGCUAUCGGCCUUUCAAAUGUCCGCACUGCACUACAGUAACCAAGUUUGCCCGCUCGGAUCAUCUCCGUUCUCAUGUCAAAAACAGACAUCCCGGGCUUCCAGCCACUGUAUAG